ACACUGACGUGCACUCUUAUGCGCACCCGCCUUAUUGAUCGCAUUUAUAUUUCCCCUGUCUGUGUAUCUCGACCCACUGGGUCGCGAGAAUCAUGAAGGUCCUAUUUUUGAUCUGCUCACUCACCGGAGUAUUUAGCUAUUUACCAAGGGGAAAGGAGAGUUUCGCUCCUGGCCUUUUCCUGCGAGAUUUGGUCAGUCACAUGAAUGGAAAAAAGGAAUUGUCCAAUGGAGAUAUUUCCUAUUUCGAUUUCACCGACGGACUGCCUUUAGAUGGCAGCUCGCUGACUAGAGAUCUCGAAGAAGAGCAGAUGUUUCCAUUGGAUUAUGAUUCUUUGGGGGAUAUCAACAUGCAUCCCAGCAUUCGCGACCAGGAAUAUAUUCGUCACAGCAGUUUGUGGAGCAAUCAGUAUAUCCCGGGGUCGGAUGGUGAACAGUUGUUUAGGCCCCACGGAGUUAAGGUUAACAACCAAGAGGUUAAGGCGGAAUCUACAUUACCGGCUUACUGCAAUCCACCAAAUCCCUGCCCAGUUGGCUAUACGGAAGAACAAGGGUGCCUGGAAGAUUUCGAAAACACCGCGUCAUACAGCAGACGGUACCAGGCGAUGCAAGAUUGUAUGUGUGACACGGAGCACAUGUUCGACUGUCCAAAUUCCAAUAAUCCAAUGUUAGACGAUCCAAUGGAGUCCAUCGCCCAAGUGGAUUUUAACCGUUUAAUGCAGCAAUCAUUUAAGAUCAAUCAGGGAUACCCGCAUAAAAAUUUAAUUGCCAAGAAAUUUCAUUCCGCUGAAAAGAAUCCCAACACAAAUCCGUUUCUGACAGGCGAGAAGUUGCCAGUGGCAGCGAAGAAGGGGAUUAAUAUGUUGUGAAUUCGCUCUAGAUUCUCUAAAGAAAAGCGCAUGAGGAUGGGCCCUUGAUUGCGCAGUGAUGUAACAUCUAUAUCUACAUAUAGGGAGGCCCAAUUAUAUGCCGACGACCGCUACGAAAAAAGGCUGAUUCUCUGACAAAUAAUAGCCAUUCCAAAUACCCUUCGAAAAAAUUUCUUAAAAAAACACUUAUGAACAAAAAAAAAUUAGGUAGUUAGUAGUUGCUUUGGGUGUUUAAUAUACUCUUCUACACUUAGAAAAUGUGUUGAAAACAACCGAUUGUGGACUCUUUUAAUGUAACGAUCGUUGAGUAAUUCGCUUUGAAUGAUUUGACAUAAAAUACGUGAGCUAAAUCACCGAGACAUGAUCUCUUUAUUCUCGGUGAUUUCCAGCUGGUUACACAUAUCACGAUUUUGACCAAAAUAUCACUAAGGCCCUACUUGAUUUUUUUUUCGGUACAUCGCGGUCAAGGAAUACAGAACAACCCAGUCUUUUCUACCUGUUUUCGUUUACCGCUCUACCGUUACUGAGGAAAGAAUCAUUUUACAAAGAAAGUGAUAUUUAUAUUAAAAGUGAGACGGUCAGAUCGACGUCUUACUCCAAAUGGUGGACUACUAAAACUAUAAAAUGUAUAAGUAAUAUCAUUAAUAAGUAUACAAACUAUUGGUGUAUUAACAGUUAAUUGUUAUUGCCGUUAUACGAAGGUCGGUUAACCAUUUUCUAUAACAGGAACCUUCUCCGGCAUGAAAAUGAUUGAACGCGAAACAUCCGCGAGAUGUCGUCGCAACACUGUUAUUGCGUGUUCCGUUAUCAAUAUGAAUAAAUGUAUUCUCUUAAUGCA